GAACCCUAGAUUCAAGUAGUGAAAUUCACGCCCAUAUUUUUGUACCAACCUCAAUUAUAAAUUCCCCCCCUUUUCACCUCAGAUCCAAAACCGCCCAUUUUCCUCCAGCGACGUCUUCGUAUACGCCCUGGUUCUUCUCUCUCUUUAAGCUCCGUUCAGUUUCUCUUCAGAUCUUCACACCAAAUCCAAAAUGAGGGAGUGCAUCUCAAUCCACAUUGGUCAGGCCGGUAUCCAGGUCGGAAAUGCUUGCUGGGAGCUCUACUGCCUCGAACAUGGAAUUCAGCCUGAUGGGCAAAUGCCGGGUGAUCACACCGUUGGCGGAGGUGACGACGCCUUCAACACCUUCUUCAGUGAAACCGGUGCUGGAAAGCACGUUCCCCGUGCUGUGUUCGUUGAUCUCGAGCCUACUGUGAUCGAUGAGGUGCGCACCGGCACAUACCGCCAGCUGUUCCACCCUGAGCAGCUUAUCAGUGGCAAGGAAGAUGCCGCGAACAACUUUGCCAGAGGUCAUUACACCAUUGGCAAAGAGAUCGUGGAUCUUUGCCUAGAUAGGAUCCGCAAGCUGGCUGACAACUGCACUGGAUUGCAAGGAUUCUUGGUCUUCCAUGCUGUUGGUGGUGGAACUGGUUCUGGGCUCGGAUCUCUGUUACUCGAGAGGCUCUCUGUCGACUAUGGGAAAAAGUCGAAGCUGGGCUUCACCAUUUACCCUUCUCCUCAGGUCUCGACUGCUGUUGUCGAGCCUUACAACUCCGUGCUUUCCACUCAUUCCCUUCUCGAGCAUACUGAUGUUGCCGUGCUUCUUGAUAAUGAGGCUAUCUAUGACAUUUGCCGCAAAUCACUCGACAUUGAGAGGCCUACCUACACCAAUCUGAACAGGCUCAUUUCUCAGGUUAUCUCUUCAUUGACUGCUUCCCUGAGAUUCGAUGGUGCCCUGAACGUGGAUGUGAAUGAGUUCCAGACCAACUUGGUUCCAUACCCAAGAAUCCACUUCAUGCUUUCGUCGUACGCCCCAGUCAUCUCUGCCGAGAAGGCGUACCACGAGCAGCUCUCCGUGGCCGAGAUCACCAACACUGCGUUUGAGCCAUCCUCCAUGAUGGUUAAAUGUGACCCUCGCCACGGCAAGUACAUGGCUUGCUGUCUGAUGUACAGAGGCGAUGUUGUUCCCAAGGAUGUCAACGCAGCUGUGGCGACGAUCAAGACCAAGAGGACCAUCCAGUUUGUCGACUGGUGCCCCACCGGAUUCAAGUGCGGUAUCAACUACCAGCCGCCCACUGUCGUCCCCGGUGGCGACCUUGCCAAGGUGCAGAGGGCCGUUUGCAUGAUCUCCAACUCCACCAGCGUUGCUGAGGUGUUCUCGAGGAUCGAUCACAAGUUCGAUCUCAUGUACGCGAAGCGUGCGUUCGUGCACUGGUACGUGGGUGAGGGUAUGGAGGAAGGAGAGUUCUCUGAAGCUAGGGAAGAUUUGGCUGCGCUCGAGAAGGAUUAUGAGGAAGUUGGUGCAGAGUCUGCUGAAGGGGAAGACGAUGAAAAUGAAGAGUAUUAGAUAGACAUUGUUAGUGAAAUGAUCUCGAGGAACCAAUGGUCUCAUUGGUUUUAGAUCUCAAGAAGUGUUAUCAUCUAUUUCGUUUAUGUUUGUGUUGAACUCUGUUCAUUUGCGUUUUCUUUAUUAGACGUGAACUUUUUAUCUCAGGUUUA